UGUCAGGGCUGGGAGGUGGGGUUGGGGUUGGUAUUCCUUUUUCCCAGGUGAAAAGCUGGAAUGAUGUAGAAAUUGAAAUUGUUGCUAUUUCUUGUCCCUUAGCAGCAGAACUUUUUUUUCAAAGGGGUUGUGUUUUUCGAGAUCAGCCGAUAACUUUUCUUAAAAGCAAAUAAGGACUUUUUUUUUAUCACUAGUGGACAAUCACUUGCCGCUUAGACCAGAAAAUUAUUCCCUAAAAGCAGCACAAGAAAUCUUUAUUGUGGGUGUGUGAAUGUCUGUGCAGUUUUUGUUAGGUAUUUGGUUGUGGAUUUUUUUUUUUUUUACGUUUAUUGUAGUUUUGGGGACUUUUGUUGAUCUUUGACACAAAAAAAAAAAAUCCCACAGGGGCUCGCAAGUCUGGUAUCUAGUUACUCUUAUUUUAAUAUGGUAGUUAUAAGGAUGCUCUCAAGCAGCGAACUUCUCAGAAAAAGGGAUUUAAGGAAAAAGCUGUUUGUGAUAAAUAAAUAAACCUUUGGCUUGCAAAUUACUCAUGUGACAAUGUUGAAAUAAUGGCAGAACUGGAGAAAGAGUCUUGUGCUUUAGCAACUGACUGAAGUGCUUACAUUUAGUUUUAUUUUUGCACUGUAGGCUACCACUUUUUCAAACGAGAGCAGAAGUAAAACAUACUUAGUGAUGUAAUUUCUUCAUUUAACUGGAUUGUGAGAAUGCUUUAGAAGAUUACUUAGGUACCCAGCACAGACACCAGUAAAGGAUUUUAGGGAGAAAAGGAAGAAGGAAUUCCCUGCUGGCAGCUGGACAACUUUUUUUUUUUGCCAGUGGUGGUAAUAUAAUAUAUAAAUUGCUGCAUGAUUUUUUAAAAAAAAACAGCUUUACAGAUUCUAGACACUGAUCUCGUGAAUAUUUAAUGUUUAAAAUUUGCUAGAUAUAGGGAAAAAUGAAGGGUCUGCAGCUUUUCUUAAGCACUAGAAGCACAGAACAGAAUAUGCAGGUUAUAGUCACUUGUUAUUCAGAGCUUUUCGGGUAGUAGUGAAACUGGCGAGAAUAUUACUAGUACUGUGCUGUAGUUUGGGAACGUUUUGAGGAACAGAGUAGAGGUGACACUUGUGGAAAGUUGCAUUUGGUCUAAACUGUACAGAAUCCUUAUGCAUGAAAAUGUUAUCAGAGUGUGAAUUAGAUUAACUGUGGUACGUACUUUCUCUAUCCGCAAAAGACUAGAGCAUCUGGAGGCUUGUGUUUUUCUUCAGAAAGUCCCUCAGGGCUAGUGUCUAACUUUACCUGACUUCUCACAUGCAGUCUCUCAGUUCCUUUUAUGACUGGACUGUUUCUUUUCUCUCCACCCCCCAUUAAUUCAGCACCAGAAGCAGCAACAAAUAAAAGUCUUGCUGUGGGGAAAAAUAGACAUUUCCUUUAUAAUGAAGAGUAAACCAUUUCAGGCUUUGUUAACAGCCUUUAGCUUAGGCAUAGAGCAGGAAGGUGGGAUGCUAGGGUUUAGAAAACUCCCCUAGGUCUUAUUUGUUGUGUAGGUUGGAAAAACCUGACCUCUUUCUGCACCCCGGAUGCAAAGCCUGCGUGCUCCCCGCUCGAGCGGUGCUAGGGACCGCAAGGUUUCCCACCCGGCUGCCCCAGUCCCGCGGGUGCCGUCAGGUUGAUGUGAGGCUGGGUGACCUGGUGUAGGGCGCUGGUGAAAGUCGCCGUGUCCAUCCUGGGGGGACAGGGGGGCAGGGUGCUGCUCUGCCACCGUCACCCCGGGGGUUUGGGGAGGAGCGCGUUGCACCGCAGGCGCCCCCCUCGCCUUUUCCUAUGCUGCCUCUGCUGAGCUGUCUCGUCCUGCCUUUCCGACCGGCAGCACAUGGUCUGGGUUUCUUUGCCAAGUCAGCCGCGUCAUUUUACUCACUUUUCUUCCGCGUUAGAGCUGACGUAAAUACUCUAACCCAUGAGAAAUAUGUGCCACAAAGCUUCCACAUCCUUGCGGGGAGGGUAAGAAAGAUAAUGAUUCUGACCAGAAACUGUACCUGGGUAAACGGCAUUGCCUCAUGGCCUCAGGGGACCGAGUUGGCUGCUUGUCCUUGAGAUAAAUAGGUUGUGCUUGCUGCUUUUCUUUUUUCUUUUUUUUUUUCUUUUUAAGUAUCUUUCUGUCUGGUUGUUAUCUUCUGCCCAAAAUAGAUGGUCGAAGUGGAUUAUAAAAAAAGGAAAUGAGAGCUCUUUAAAUAGAGCCUGUUCUACUCGACUCUGCUAGAGGAAAAGGAGAUCCUUCUCUUCUUUGCUAUUAGCGAAAAAUAAAACUCAGGACCUAACCAUGGAAAACUUAUUUUUCACUACUACUUGGAAAUCUGGAUGAUCACACAGUAGCCUGAUUCUUUUUGAGCUGUUAUCUUUUUUUUUUUUUCUUUGUGCAAGAAAAUCCCCUGUUGCCUCCCUCAGCCUUGUGAUUCCUAGUUUUUCUUUCCAUGAAACCUGUGAAGCAAAUGAUCAUAUGAGUAUAAACCAGUCCUUCUGCUUGAGCUGGUCUGCCAUGCUUUGUUUCUUUUGCUUUUUUUUUAAUAGACUGCUACAGAACGCUGUGAAAUUAUCAUCGCUGGUAAAUACAGGGUCAAGAAACAUGACGACUUUAGGGAUUAUAUUGAGACAUUUUUGAUGGUUUUGUGUAAUGUAACCAGAAUAAAUAAAAGGAGUGGUUUUGCAAAGUGGACAGUAAUGGAGUAUAUGAGCACGGAUAGUGAUAGCAAAGAGGAGAUUGACUUGUUGCUGACUAAUUUAAAUAUGUCUGAGGUGAUAGACAUAAUGGAAAACCUUUAUCCUGGUGGAGACCUUGCAGUCUAUGAAGACAGCUUAAUUACAAUGUGUGAAGAGGCAAAUCAAAGUGAAGAACGUGCGGAAUCUUUACUGUUUUGUGAAAGGGACGUUUCUUUGAUGUCCUCUGUCAAAUAUGGGACUGUGGAAGACCUGCUUGCUUUUGCAAAUCAGGUGUCUAACACUGCAAAACAGUUUAAAGGCUGCAGACAGCAAGAAUCUGGAAUCCUCUUGAAUAUGAUCACACCCAAGAACGGGCGCUAUCAAAUCGACUCGGAUGUGCUUCUGUUUCCAUGGAAGCUGACUUACAGGAAUAUUGGCUCUGAUUUUAUUCCUCGGGGAGCUUUUGGGAAGGUGUACUUAGCCCAAGAUAGAGAAACCAAGAAGCGAAUGGCAUGCAAACUGGUUCCAGUGGAACAGUUCAAACCAUCGGAUGUUGAAAUACAGGCAUGUUUCCGUCACGAAAACAUUGCUGAAUUAUACGGUGCUAUUUUGUGGGAUGAGACGAUCCAUCUCUUUAUGGAAGCUGGAGAGGGAGGAUCUGUCAUGGAAAAGCUGGAGAGUUGUGGUCCUAUGAGAGAAUUCGAAAUCAUUUGGGUGACAAAGCAUAUUCUGAAAGGACUUGACUUUCUCCACUCCAAGAGGAUUAUCCACCAUGAUAUCAAACCAAGCAACAUUGUCUUUAUGUCAACUAAAGCCGUUUUGGUGGAUUUUGGCCUAAGCGUGCAAAUGACUGAAGACAUUUACUAUCCCAAAGACCUUAGAGGAACAGAGAUUUACAUGAGCCCUGAAGUUAUCCUCUGCAGAGGCCACACAACAAAAGCAGACAUCUACAGCAUGGGAGCUACUAUUAUUCAUAUGCAAACUGGCAUCCCUCCCUGGGUGAACAGAUAUCCUCGUUCUGCAUAUCCAUCCUAUCUCUAUAUUAUACACAAGCAAGCUCCCCCCUUAGAGGACAUUGCUGAAGACUGCAGCACUUCCAUGAGAGAGUUGCUAGAAGCAGCUCUAGAAAGGAAUCCUAAUCACAGGCUGUCUGCAGCAGACUUACUGAAACACGAAGCCUUACACCCACCCCCCGAAGAGCAGCCAAGGUGUCAGAGUCUGGACUCAGCAUUGUUUGAAAGGAAAAGACUACUUGCAAGGAAGGAGCUGCAGUUGCCAGAAAACAUUGCAGAUUCCUCAUUGUGUACCGGGAGCAUGGAAGAGUCAGACCUGCUAAAGAGGCAAAGAUCGCUCUACAUAGAUCUUGGAGCUCUAGCUGGUUACUUCAAUAUUGUUAGGGGACCACCAGCCUUAGAAUAUGACUGACUCAGUAAUAUUGUAUGUUGGCAGGUCAGAAAUGGACCUCUACCUCUUGAUUUUAAGACUUGAUUUUCAAAUUUGUACAUAAAAAUAUUGCCAUUGUAGGCUGUAAAAUGUGAAUACUGUUUAAUUGCACAGAUGAUUAAGCUAAACCCUUAGGGGCUCUGAUAAGCUGAUCCCAAGCAAAAAUAUUUGUGCAUCUGCUGGUUAACCAACAAGAAGGUGGCAAAAAGAACUCUGCUGGGAAUGUCUUAAUCCAGAAUAUUUUACUGUGCUGGGCCUUGCACUUUUAUAAAACUUGUAAUAUAUGCUUGCAAAUAGUGCCUUAAAAAAAAUUUGAGCAUGUGGGCUGUAACAUUCAGUCCGUCUGAGCUGUCCUUAGAGAAAACCUUCCAAAAAUAAGGAGUCCUUGGUUUAACCAGACAAGGGCUGGUUCGGUCUUGUUCUGUCUUUGAGGCUUGGCCAGUCUCUGGUCAUUCUUAAUGGAAAUCAAGGCCUCCCUUAAGCUGAACUAAUUUCUAUCAGCUAUCUUUGGAGCCAAAGCAUCACUUGAUUACAGAUGUGUUUUAACUUUGCAUCUUCCCUGGGCUGUCCGAGCUAAGCAAGGCGCUGUUCCCCUUCGUGGGUGUGGGGAAUCCUUCACUGGCUAUAUUGGUUAGUUUUGGGAAUAGCACAGCAAGCUGGCCCUGACAAAGCAUGGCAGCGACUUUACCUGCUUCCUAUGUUACAACUACUGCAAGGAUAUCUUGGGCAGUUUUCAAGGGUAGAGCAAAUGUUAUUCCUGUUGGUAACAGUGGCAGGUUCCAGACUCUUGCUUUUUAAUACUUUAAAAUUGUACACGAGUAUAAUUGCCGUGAGUGCUAUGGAUUGGAAAGCGUGUCAUUAGUGACAAGCUGUGUUUAUGUUCCUAUGGAAACAGAGUUGUAUUGUUCUUGCUGUGCCUCAUACAUUUGAAACAUGAUGUUUUGGAUGAUAGUAAAACUAUGUAAACUGCAUAGUUCUGUACAUCCCAUGGGAUGAGAACGUAAACUUUUAUAAAACUCUUUGAUGCUUAGGAUGAUUCUUUAUAAGCAUUUGUGUUAAAAUGGCAUACUAUGUAUGUUGUAUAUUGAAUCUUUCUGAAGCACAGUCUCUUUUUCAUACGUCUAUUAUUUAAUGCUGCUCCCAUCUAACACGUGAUCUUAAACAGAUGAUUUCUAGUUUGAUACUGAUACGGUUAAAUGAAUAAAUCCAGCUCAGUGCCUUGA